AUGCCCCAGAAAGAAAAAAAACCAAGGGAGGGAAUCAAAGAGCCGGAUGACGAGGUCCCAGAAGAUCAGGAGGCAGAGAGCAAGGGGACGAGGAGGAGGACGACAUCCAAGGUUUCAGCCGAGGAGCACAGCCGCGACUCAUCCGAGCCUGACGUGAGGAGAAGCGACAGGAAGGGAGAGCACAGCAAGAAGGUCAAAAAGAAGAAAAAGAAGCCCAAGGAUGGGGCGACAAGCGACGAAUCUCGGAGUACAGACGAUGAAGAUGGCAACAAUGCGGGCUCCAGGAGCAGGAAGAGGGCUGAGAGUCUCCCUGACAUCGUAAAGACCACCAGAAAGGAAACCAAGAAGAAGAAGAAGCCCUCCGCCGAGGCCACACAGGACCCAGACAUGGGCUCCAAGGACAAGAAGUCCAAAGAUGACGAUAAAAAGUCCAAGAAAGAGAAAGAGGGGGAUUCGCCGCCUGGAGACGAAGAGGAGGAUGAGAAGAAGAAGAAGAAAGAGAAGAAGAAGAAGAGCUCGGUGAAGGGCGACAGUGAGGAAGACACCAAGAAGGGAAAAGGCAAGAAGAAGAAGGUGGAGAACUACGUGGAGAUUUAUGAGAGUGAACUCAGGACCUACGAGCCAGAAGCCGUAGAGAACUAUGAGGAUGAGUACCACAAGAAAAAAGUUUACGAGGUGGUGACCAUCACAGGGGAUGAGAGAGGUGCGGGCACUGACGCCAAUGUGUUUGUCACUCUGUUUGGGGAAUACGGCAUCACUCCCAAGGUGCACCUGGCCAGCAACACAGAGAAGAGGAGCCGUACUGCAUUUGAGAAGAACAAGACAGAUGUUUUCAGAAUCAAGACUCACAGCGUGGGUCCUCUGAAGAAAAUCAGGAUAGAACAUGACAACACGGGUCUGAAUGCCAGCUGGUUCUUGGACAGGGUGGUGGUCACAGACAUGACCAGGCCCCACCUCAGGUUUUACUUUGCCUGCAACAACUGGCUUAGCAAGAUGGAGGGAGACCACCUGUUUGUGAGAGACAUCCUGGGGAGCAUGGACCCCAUGGACAUGCCCAAAUAUAAUAAAUACAUUCUGAGCGUGUUUACUGCGGACAUUAAAGGCAGUGGAACAGAUGCUGACGUCUUCAUCAACAUCUUUGGAGAAUUUGGGGACACCGGGGAAAGACGUUUGGACAACGACAAGAACAACUUUGAGAAAGGAACUGAGGACAAGUUCACCAUGGAGGCUCCCAACAUGGGAAAGAUCCGGAAGAUCACCAUCGGACACAACAACAAAGGGUCGUCAGCCGGCUGGUUUUUAGACAAGGUGAUGCUGGAUGACUUAGGGAACAAGAUGGUGUACGAGUUUCCUGUCGGACGCUGGUUCGCCAUCGACGAGGAUGACGGGAAGAUCCAGAGGGACAUCCUGGUGGGAGGAAGCCAACCCACAGGCAUCGUGUACACCGUCCAGGUUGUCACUGGGACCAUCCGGGGAGCUGGCACCAACUCCAAAAUCAACAUCGUCAUGCACGGCUCCAAGGGGCUGAAGAACAGCGGCAAGGUGUUUCUGGAGGGAGGCAAGUUUGCGCACGGCCUGACCGACAUCUUCACCGUGGAGAUCGCCGCGCUCCUCAGCCCACUCAGCAGGGUCACCGUCGGCCACGACAACGGAGGGGUCAACGCCGGAUGGUACUGUGAAAAGGUGGUGGUGUUCUGUCCUUUCACGGGCAUCGAGCAGACGUUCCCCUGCUGCAAGUGGCUGGACGAGGACGAGGGAGAUGGCCUCAUCGAGAGAGAGCUCUACGAGAUGGUCUCUCUCAGGCAGAAGAGGCAGAAGAAGCACCCCUGGUCUCUGUGGAUCUGGACCUCUGACCUGCCCGGGGCCAGCACGGACGCAGACGUCUCCUUCCAGAUCUACGGGGACAAGGGCAAGUCAGACGAGAUGAGGCUGGACAACAAGACCGACAACUUUGAACAGGGCCAGGUGGACAGGUUCAUGGUGGAACUUCCUGACCUGGGGAAAGUGACGAAGUUUCGUAUCUGGCAUGAGAAAAGGAACCCUUUUCAAGGAUGGCAUUUGAGCAAGGCCUCUCUGAUGAAGACUCUAACCAAGGAAAAGUAUAAAUUCUCCUGCGAGCGCUGGCUGGAUGUCAAUGAGGACGACAACGAGGUUGUGCGAGAGCUCCCCUCCAUGGGAGACAACAUCCCUGAACCCUUGCCCCUGGUCAAGUACCGCGUGACCGUGUGCACGGGGAACGUGGGCGGCAGUGGGACGGACGCCACCGUCUUCCUCACCAUGGUCGGUGACCUCGGGGACACGGGAAACCGCACGCUGAUCAACUGUAAAAACAACAUCAACAAGUUUGAGAAAGGCAACAUGGAUGAGUUCAUAAUCGAGGCCGUGUCCAUAGGCCAGGUGCGCAGGGUGCGCAUCGGGCAUGACGGGCGUGGCGGGGGCUGUGGCUGGUACCUGGACAAGGUGGUGGUACGAGAGGAGGGCCAGGCCGAGUCUCAGGCUGUGGAGUUCCCCUGUGGCAGGUGGCUGGACCGGAACGAGGAUGACGGACAGAUUGUUCGGGAGUUGGUGCCGUUUUCAGAUGGACAGCGCCUUUACAACGUGAACUACCGUGUGGCGGUGAAGACGGGCAAAGUGAGUGGAGGCAGCUCGGACUCCAAGGUGUUUGUGAAGCUCUACGGGGAGAAGGGAGACACCAGCAAGAUGAUGCUGGUGGUCUCCGACAACAACCUGAGGAACUACUUUGAGACGGGGCGCGUAGACAUCUUCACAGUGGAGACCUUCGACAUAGGACAGAUCAACCGGCUGAUGAUUGGCCACACCAACGAGGGUAUGCGAGCCGGUUGGUUCCUGGACAGUGUGCAGAUCCAGGUCCCGGUCCACGGGAAGCAGUACAUGUUCCCCAGCCACCGCUGGCUCUGCAAGACGGAGGCGGAUGGGAAAGUGGAGGUGGAGAUCUACCCCAGCGAGAUCCUGGACAUCGAACAACUGAUGAACUAUGAGAUCACCGUGGUGACAGGAAAUGUGGGCUUUGCUGGCACCAACGCCCGGGUCUUCAUCCAGAUCUAUGGAGACAAGGGCAAGACUGAGGUCCUCAAACUCAAAAGCAGGUCCAACAACUUUGAGAAAAAAACCACAGAGAUAUUCAAGAUCGAGGCGAGAGACGUGGGGAAGAUCUUCAAGGUGCGCAUCGGCCACGACGGCAGCGGCCUCGGCCCAGGGUGGUUCUUGGAGAAGGUGGACGUCAAACACCUGGUGCUGGCCAUGGUGACGAAGGAGAAGAAGAAGGAUGACAAGAAGAAGAAGAAGAAGAAGAAGAAGAAGGACGAGGAGGAGGAGGAGGAGGGGGAGGUGGUGGAGGAGCUGCAGGAGGUGGUCCAGACCUACUCCUUCCCCUGCUCCCGGUGGCUGGCCAGCGGGGAGGAGGAUGGCGAGCUGGUAGUGGAGCUCCUGCCGGAGGACACAGAGGAACUGGAGGAGAACUCGUACGAGGUGAGCGUCUUCACCGGGGACAUGCUCGGAGCCGGGACGGACGCCAACGUCUUCAUCAAUAUCUACGGCGAGAACGGAGACACGGGCGAACACUCCCUGAGACACUCCAACAACCUCAACAAGUUUGAGCGAGCACAGGAGGACAUGUUCACCAUCACAGCCAUAGAACUGGGCCCACUGAAGAAGCUACGCAUUCGCCAUGACAACAGCAAGUCGCACUCCUCCUGGUACCUGGACCGCGUGGAGAUAGUGGACACCAAGGACGACACCACGUACUACUUCCCAUGCAACCGCUGGCUGGCGGUGGACGAGGACGAUGGGCAGAUCGCCAGGGAGCUGGUGCCCGUGGACGAGGCCUUCAUGAAGAGGGAUGACGACGACGAGGGGGGCGGAGCCACGCUGGGUCUGGAGCAGAAAGCCAUGUCCACCACCUACAGCCUGAGGGUGAAGACCGGGGAGAAGAAACACGCCGGCACCGACGCCAACGUCUUCGCCAUCCUGUACGGAGAGAAAGACGACACAGGGAUAAUCAACCUGAGAGCGUGUAAGUCUCACAAGAACAAGUUUGAGCAGGGGAUGAUUGACGAGUUCACGGUGGAGGCAGUGGACAUGGGCGACCUGGAGAAGCUACGCAUCGGCCACGACAACUCAGGCGGGUCACCAGGGUGGUUUCUGGACUGGGUUGAGAUCGACGCCCCGUCCCAGGGCCUGAGACUAACGUUCCCAUGUGGCCGUUGGCUGGACAAGUCAGAGGACGACGGGGCCACAGUGAGGGACCUGUACCCAGCUGACCUCCAGACGGAGCUCUACAUUCCAUUUGUGCCUUAUGAGAUCAAGACGUACACCAGCGACGUGUUCGGGGCGGGGACGGACGCAGACGUGUUCAUCGUGCUGUACGGACGCAAGGGCCUCGCCACCCAGCAGAAACACCUGUGUGUCAACGAGAGAGAGAGGCGGCUGUACUUCGAGAGAGGAGCUGAGGAUAUGUUCAUUGUAGAGUUGGAAGACGUGGGUGACGUCAUAGAGAAGAUCCGGAUUGGACACGACAACCAAGGUUCCAACCCCGGCUGGCACCUGGACCGGGUGGAGAUCAGACGACUGCUCAGGAAAGGAAAGGGCUCGGAGACCACCAUCUUCCCGUACGAGAGCUGGCUGGCUCGCUCCGAGGAGGACGGGGAGACGGUGCGGGAGCUCGUCCCCUCUGACAUCAUCACGGAGAAGCUGCUCAGGGACGGCACGCUGAAGACCACCGAGACGGAGGUGGAGGAUGCCCUGGAGACGCACACCUACACGGUGUCUGUGAGGACAGGGGACAUGUACGGAGGGGGGACGGACGCCAACGUGUUUCUGACCAUCUACGGAGACCUGGGGGACACCGGAGAACGCAAGCUCCGCAAGUCUGAGACUAACGGCAACAAAUUUGAGAGAGGAGCGGUGGACAAGUUCUCCAUCGAGGCGGUGGACCUGGGCCAGGUGUUCAAGAUCCGGAUCCGCCACGACAACUCCCAGAUGGGGGCGGACUGGUACCUGGACCAGGUGGAGGUGGUGGACGUGGACACGGAGGAGGUCUACAUGUUCCUCUGUGAGCGCUGGCUGUCCAAGAAGAAGGAGGACAAGCGCAUAGAGCGGACCUUCUUCGUCAAGGGCUACGAGGGCGAGAGAAGCAGCGACCCAAACUCCAAGAAGAUCAUGCAGGCCAAGUUGGGUCUGGACCGCAACGCUAACAAGAAGAAGAAGAAGAAGAAGGCUGCAGUAGUGGAGGAGGGGCCAGUCAUCCCCUACCACUUCACCGUUUCCACGGGGAUGGACCGGGACGCCAGCACCACGGCCCGCGUCUAUGUCAUCGUCAUGGGACCUAACGAGGUGGAGACGGAGCGAUUGUGGCUGGACCUGCCAGAGGGGAAGAAGACCUUUGCCUCCGGGACCAUGGAGCACUUCCUGUGCUACGGGACUGACGUGGGAGAGAUAAAGAGGGUUGAGCUGGGUCAUAAUGGGGCCACCCCUGAAAGCUGCUGGUUGGUGAACGAGCUCUCCAUCGCCGUGCCAACCAAAGGCAUCAUGUAUAUGUUCCAGUGUAAGUGCUGGCUGGCCAAAGACCGAGGAGACGGGCUGACCUCCAGGCUCUUCAACGUCCUGGACGCCAACAGCAUCAACAUCAUUCGCAAGGUCCUUUACGAGGCAACAGUUGUCACGGGCGACACUCAGAACGCGGGGACCGACACCAACAUCUUCUUGACCGUGUUUGGAGCCAAUGGCACUACCGAGGAGAUGCUGCUGGCCAAGAAUGAGAACAGGUUUGAGAGAGGCCAGGAGGACACAUUCAACGUGGAGGUCGAUGACAUCGCUCCUCUGAAGAAGAUCAGGGUUCGGAUUGACGGUUCUGGGAGUCGACCCGAUUGGUUCCUGGACAGGGUCCUGAUGCGUAACAUGACCACAGGGGAGCAGUAUGAGUUCACCUAUGAGAACUGGCUGUCCAAGACCAUGGGACCCAAGAGGGUCAAGGUCUGUGAGCUGGCGGCCGUGGUGGAUGAGGAGGAGAUGGUGGAGAGGACCACCUACAUCAUCCAGGUCCAGACCAGCGACGUCGGAGGCGCGGGCACCGACGCCAACGUGUUCCUGAUCAUGUUCGGGGAGAACGGCGACACGGGCACGCUGGCGCUGAAGGAGAGCACCAACAGGAACAAGUUUGAGCGGAAGCAGAAAGAAGUGUUCCGCUUCGCCGACAUCCUCAGUCUGGGGGAGCUGUCCAAGGUCCGCGUUUGGCACGACAACAAAGGACCAGCCCCGGGAUGGCAUCUGGAAUUCAUCGACGUGAAGGACGAGGCCAUGGACCAGACGUUCCGCUUCCCCUGCGACCGAUGGCUGGCCAAGAACGAGGAUGAUGGGCAGAUCCUGAGAGAGCUGGCCUGUGCCAACCACGACAUAUUGGACCUCAAUGACAAGACCAAAUACGUCAUUGCCACGACCACAGCAAACACUGACGAUGCCGACACCAAGGAGAACGUCUGGAUGAUCCUGGAGGGGAAGAAAGCCCGAUCCAAGGAGUUUGUGCUGGAGAACGCUUCAAAGAAAAAGCGGUUCUUGUGUGGUGCCACCGACACGUUUGAGUUCUCAUCAAAGAACCUGGGAGAACUGCCUGGCAUCUGCGUGGGCCACAUCACCAAGGACGGCAAGAAGGUGAAGGGUGAGAACUUCUGGCACGUCCUGGAGAUAGUGGUGAUGGAGAAGGAGCUGGGGAACAAGUACUUCUUCCACUGUGACGCCCGGAUCCCCCUUGCCUCCAAGGACCAAUUCCUGACCUUUGAGUGUUCCAAGACCAUCGAGAGCUUCGCCAGCAAAGUCCGCAGCCUGGUCCCUGUCAAGUACGAGAUCAUCGUCAUCACAGGGGACGUGAAAGGGGCCGGCACGGACGCCAACGUUUUCAUCACCUUAUACGGCUCUAACGGUGAUUCCGGCAAGCGUCCGUUGACGCAGAAGUUCCGGAACUUGUUUGAACGGGGCCGGACGGACCGCUUUGUGGUGGAGAUGCUGGACCUUGGGGAGCUGAUGAGGGUCAAGGUGGAACACGACAACUCCAAGCACAACUCCGGCUGGUACCUGGAGUGUGUAGAGAUCACCAACACGGCCAACUCGGUCACCACCAUCUUCUUGUGUGGAAAGUGGCUGGAUCCUCAGAAAGCUGAUGGGAAAUUCGAAAGAGUGCUCUAUCCCAAGUACUGAGAGCCAGUUACUAAAGUGGUAUAUACAAGUGAUCAUUCAGACUUAUUUUGUAAUUGGCAGAAUCCCAGAAGACAUUGUUCUAUUCUCAGGAAUACUUUUCGGCCUGUUUUGUACGGAAUGCGAUUUGAAUGUAUGUGACAAGAGUUUUUAUUACGCAAACACAAGUGAAUGAUAGAUUAAUUCACUAAAAUAAGAAAUGGAUGCGCUUGGUUAAAUGCAUUGUGUAUCCAGAACCUGUGCUGUGUCCAGAAUACUGAGAUUGAUAUGGUUGCUAAAACGAUAUGAUGUCGAGUCAUUACAAAAGCAAAUUAUUUUAUACUUCCGCUGUAAACAUUUGUGUACCAAAAG